AUGCAGUUCCCGAAAGGAAAACUCCUAGGCUCAGUUUCUCGCCUGACCAUUCGCUGUUUCUCUCUGGCAACUGCUCCACCUUCUGGGCCACUUGCAGGACUUCGCAUUUUGGACCUGUCCCGGAUUCUGGCAGGCCCAUCUGCCACCAUGCUGAUGGCCGACAUGGGUGCUGAAGUGAUCAAAGUUGAAGCACCCAAAUCAGGUGAUGACACCCGCCGAUAUGCUCCUCCGUUCCUGCAAAAGGCCCCAAAGGAGGAUUCCGACGUGGCAGCCUACUUUUCGAGCUGUAACCGCAACAAAUACAGUGUGGCUGUGGACUUCAAGACCAAAGAAGGACAAGAUGUCGUGAAACAUUUGCUGCAAAAUAGCGAUGUCCUCAUCGAGAAUUUCAAAGCAGGAGGCUUGGCCAAGUAUGGCUUGGGAUAUGAUCAGCUGAAGGAUGACUUUCCACAGCUGAUUUAUUGCAGCAUUACAGGAUUUGGACACAGUGGACCCUAUAGCAAGAGACCCGCCUACGACAUGCUCAUCCAGGCCAUGGGUGGUUCAAUGAGUCUAACAGGAGAGCCUGAUGGUGCUCCCAUGAAGACAGGGCUCUCUUUGUUCGACCUCACCGCAGGAUUGCACGGAGUCAUUGGAAUCCUUGCUGCGUUGAACAACAAGCACAAUACUGGCUUGGGCCAACACGUUGAUAUCUCCAUGUUGGAUGUUGCUGUGGCAUUGUUGGCCAACCAGGGCAUGAACUACUUGGCAAAGAAGCAACGGCAGAAGCGGGUCGGAAACAACCACCCUAAUGUGGUGCCAUACCAGGUGAUGCCUGCCAAAGAUGGCUACUUCAUCCUCACUGCCUCCAACAAUGAUCAAUUUGAGCGCUUCUGCAAGGUGGCGGAUCGCAUGGACUUGAUGCAGGAUGACCGCUUCAACACGAUGAAAGCACGAGUGGUGAACCGCGAGGUGGUGACGCCUGCCUUGAAUGAGAUCACUUCACAGCAUCCGAAGUUGUGGUGGCUGGAGAAGCUGGAAGGCGAGAUGGUGGGCUGCGCUCCCAUUUUGCAUUUGGAUGAAGUCUUCGCUGACCCUCAUGUUCAGUCGCGAGACAUGGAGAUCCAGAUGAACCUUCCGGGCUUCAGUGAGCCAGUCUCACUCAUUGGAUCGCCCAUGAAGUUCUCGAGGACCAAGGUGGAUUACCGCCUUCCACCACCCAGGGUGGGUGAGCACACCGAACAGGUCCUGUUGGAAUAUGGCAUGUCCAAGGAGCAGAUUGAAGAUUUGCAUGAGAUUGGUGCCAUUGACAACGCCAAGUUCGAAGUGCCAGGUGUGGUUCGCCCGUUGGCCAAGAAGAAGCGCAGAGUUGUGGAGGUCAGCGACAGCCAUGGAGCACCAUACGUCUUCCAGGGAAAUACCUGGGGCCACAUCAGCUCUGUGUCUGAUCCUCGCAUAGUUGUUGGUAUCGACAGCGUCGAAGACGAAGAUCUUACUGAGCUGGACACCUUCAGUGGGGUGCUCCGGAGCAGCAUCGAUGACCCCAUCAACGCCUUCUUGAAGGUUCGUGGAAGCGCUGAAGAUCCUGAUGUUGGAGUUGGCUCGUCUCUUGAAUCCUUUAGAUCUUGGAAGGCGUCCUCUUGUUGA